AUGCACAACCUCACGAGAAAAACUACCAGGACCAGGACGAGUGGCAAGGCCGCCACCGAUGGGACUCGAGAACAGAGAAGGUCGGUAGGGCAUCAUGAAGAGAGUUUUGGCGGAUGGGCCACAGGUGAACAGGCAGCUGGCGGAUCUGCGACAGGCAGGAUGGCGACAAGCAGUCCAUGGGCAGACCGACAAUGGGAGAGCGGAGAAGGAUGGGACGUAGGUAGGGAUGUGGUGGUGGGAGUGACGACAAUUCCGGCCCAGGACGUCGCCAUUAACGAAGGGAGCUAUAUAUUCGAUGAUGGCAGAUAUCAACUUUCAGGAGUGGUGACGGAACGACCAGACAAUCCCCCGCCUGCAGAUCCACGGCCUCGAUCUGAUCCAUCCGGGGAUUGGAGUGAACCAGCUACGGAGAGACGACCAGCCAUGGAGCAACGACGAGCUAUGGAGAGACGCUGA